GGUCACAUUCAUUCUCGAAUGAAAACAUCGCACAUGUGCAGUUACAACAAUUAACAAAAUAAUUAAUUAAAAUGGUGCGUAAACUCAAAUUUCAUGAGCAGAAGCUGCUCAAGAAGGUGGACUUCAUCACCUGGAAGGUGGACAACAGCGGAAAGGAGAACAAGAUCCUGCGGCGUUACCACAUACAGAAACGAGAGGAUUACACCAAAUACAACAAGUUGUCCAGGGAAAUUCGGGAGCUUGCCGAGAAGAUAGCCAAGCUGGAGGCCUCAGAUCCGUUCAAGGUGGAGGCCACCACGAUGCUACUUAAUAAAAUCCAUGCUAUGGGCGUCUCAAAUGAUCAAUUGACUUUGGAAACGGCAGCCAAGAUCUCGGCCAGUCACUUCUGCCGACGACGGCUUCCUGUGAUUAUGGUUAAGCUACGUAUGUCGGAGCAUCUGAAGGGAGCCACAGACCUCAUAGAGCACGGCCAUGUACGCGUGGGUCCUGAAAUGGUCAAGGAUCCAGCUUUCCUGGUGUCCAGAAACCUCGAGGACUUUGUUACCUGGGUGGAUGGUUCCAAGAUCAAGGAGCAUGUGAUGCGCUACAAUGAUAUGCGAGACGAUUUCCAGAUGUAAACAAGUACUUUUUAGAUUUAAGUAGAAUAACCAAUAAAAACUAUAGAUUUUUUGUUAAAUAA